AGCAGCUGACGGAGGCUGACAGGGACGUUCUCCUGAAGCUGGGGAGGCUGGCACUUAAACAUCUGGAGGAAGGAAACAUCAUGUUCUACCAAGAAGACCUGGAGCGGUGUGGUCUUAAUGUCACUGAGGCCUCGGUGUACUCAGGAGUUUGUACUGAGAUCUUCAGAAGAGAGUGUGUGAUCUUCCAGAAAUCAGUCUACUGCUUUGUUCAUCUGAGUGUUCAGGAGUUCCUGGCUGCAGUCUACAUGUUCCACUGUGACACCGAGAGGAACACAGAAGAACGCAACAAUUUCUUGGGAACAUAUUGGGACACAGACAGUACCUUCUCCCUGGUUUACCUCCUGAAGAGAACCAUGGAGAAAUCCCUCACCAGUAGAAAUGGUCAUCUGGACCUGUUUGUUCGCUUCCUUCACGGCCUCAGUCUGGAGUCCAACCAGAGAGUCUUAGGAGGCCUGCUGGGUCGGACAGAGAACAAUCCAGAGAUCAUCCAGAGAGUCAUCAACAACCUGAAGGAGAUGAAGAGUGAUGACAUUUCUCCUGACAGAAGCAUCAACAUCUUCCACUGUCUGACUGAGAUGAACGACCACUCAGUUCAUCAGCAGAUGAAACAGUUCCUGACGUCAGAGAACAGAUCAGAGGAGGAACUCUCUGAGAUCCACUGCUCAGCUCUGGCCUACAUGCUGCAGAUGUCAGAGGAGGUUCUGGAUGAGUUGGACCUGGAGAAGUUCAAAACAUCACACUGGGGUCGACAGAGACUGAUCCCAGCUGUGAGGAACUGCAGGAAGUUUGUACUCGGUGGUUGUUUGCUCUAUCGUCUCCUCUCAGAGACUCACUGUGAAGUUGUGGCCUCAGCUCUGAAGUCAGACCCCUCACAUCUGAGAGAACUGGAUCUGAGUAGCAACGAGCUGCAGGAUUCAGCAGUGAAGCUGCUGUGUUCUGGACUGGAGAGUCCAAACUGUCGACUGGAGACUCUGAGGUUGUGGUUCUGCGGACUGACAGAGAUCAGCUGUUCUUCUCUGGCUUCAGCUCUGAGGUCAAACCCCUCUCAUCUGAGAGAACUGGAUCUGAGUAACAACAACCUGCAGGACUCAGCAGUGAAGGAGCUGCUUGAUCUACAGCAGAGUCCAACCUGUCGACUGGAGACUCUGAGGUGGGAGUCUGUGUGGAGGUGAGUGUGAAGAGGACAGUGUGUGUGGACGGAGGCUGAGCUGUGUCCUGAGGAUCCAGAGGCUGAAGCAGCAGCAGCUCGUGUGUAGUCUCCAAUCUACACAACCCCUAACCUGCAUGUGUUUGUGAGAUGAAGCCGGAGCACCUGGAGAAAACACGUGGAGAACAUGCAGACUCCACACAGGAAGACCCAUCUGAACCGGUUUCAAACCAGCAACCUUCCUGCCCCGAUUGUGUUUAUUUACAUGAAGAAUGUGUUUAUUGAAAUGACACAACACAAGCAGAAUAUAUAAACCCUCUAUAAAGAGUCA